AUGUAUCCGAAGGUGGAUGUGGUGCGAAUCCUGUUCGUUGCGUUGGCGCUUGUAACGUCGAUGCGACCUGGCACCGGUGACAUCCCUGUUGACGAGGACGAACACGAACGACUCCUUUCGGUGGUACCGUGCAUCCGGCGGCUGUGUGAGAAGUACUUUCGGUCGGAGCGUGCCAUGAAGGGUUCACUCGCCAUCAUCAACAUCAAACCGGACGCGUCCGCUUUCCAGCGGGAUAUCCUGCGCUCGUUCAACGACGAUCCACGGCAUGAGAUGGGUGUGAUGGUGAAGGACGCCAACCGAAAGCACUGGAAUGCGUCACACGUGACGGAGAAGGCCAAGAACUACCUGAUGCUGAUCGGGGACUCAUCCGAACUGGCCGCACCGAUCCGUCAACUACGCCAUCUGCCCACCUGGAAUCCACUCGCGCAGGUUGUGGUGUUGUUCACGACCGAGCUGACACCGCUUGUGUUCGAGAUCGAGGUACGCAACGUGCUGCAGGAGUUGUUCGACAACUCGGUGCUGAACGUGAACGUGAUGGUGCAGCGGUUCAACACCUCCGUGCUUGAGGUGUGGACUUGGUUUCCGUACGAAGGCGGUGGUUGUGCUGACAACAUCGAUCGGUUACGGUUGGUAGAUGAAUGCGAGUACGCACAGCUCGACCAGGAUCCGGAUCGGCCCACUGCACCAGCGUGGGUGUUUCGUGAGCGGCAUCAUUUCGCAGAUUAUGGGCCCAAGAUCCCGAAGUACUACAAUUACUGUCCGCUGAAGGUGUCCACUAGCAUUUGGGAGCCAUUCGUCGUGGGCAAUGCGAGCCACAUCGAGAAGGGUCUUGAGGUGUUGAUGCUGGACGCGAUCACAGCUCGAAUGCGGCUCAUACCGGUGUACAGUGUGAUCGAGGCAGCUCGUGCAACGGCGCCAAUCACUGCCGAUAACCAAACGGGAUUGUACGCGGAUGUGCUGCAACGACGUACCGAUCUAAUGGUAGGAGGAUUACACGAAAAUCCCGUCAGCAGACGAUUGCUGUCCGCGACGAUUCCGUACUACCAGGACGACCUGACCUGGUGUGUGCCAACGGCUCGUCAUGCACCAAAGUGGCUGAAUGUGUUCAUCAUCUUCAACGUUUGGACGUGGUUGAUCGCGAUCGGUAUCAUCUUCGCGGCAGCUGGACUGCUGUACCGGUUCAACGUCGUCGAACGGUUGUACCAAGUCAACUACACCUGGAUGCUGUUGCAAUCGCUCGCACUCUCACUGAGCGUUUACGCACACUAUUGGCCACGGCGGGUCUCCAUCCGGUUGUUCCUGAUCGGGUACAUGUUCUACGGGCUGCACUGGAACGCGGCCUACCACAGUUUCCUGAUCUCGGUGUUAACACGGCCACGGUACGAGCCACAGAUCGCGACCGUCGGGCAAGCGAUCGAGGCCGGAUUCGCGUUUGCUGGAGCCGCUAACACGCGUGGCCACUUUGAGAAACCGGACGCACGUUCACGCCACAUCGCGGCUGCGUACCGCGAAUGUGCGAGUCUCGAUCGAUGCCUCGGACGGUUGCGUACGGAGCGUACGAUCGCGAUCGCGAUCAGUCGAGCGCAUUCGAGCAAUAGUCCCGCGAUCGGUGAGGCCGAACUGUACUGCUUCGCGAAGGCGGACAACAUCUACACGUACUCGGUGAGCAUGCUCGCGAAGAAGGACUUCCAUCUGCUGCCCAAGAUCAACGAGCUGAUUCGGCGCAUCAGCGAAUCCGGGUUGCUUGGGAAAUGGCAGAAGGAGAGCGAGAAAAUUCGCAUCGAUGAUGGUGACGAUGGUGGCCACGGUGGUCCUGAUGGAGGUCAAACGAUCCUGCGGUUGGAUCACAUCGAAGGUGCAUUUCUGCUCGGAGCUGCCGGGCUCGUCCUGGCGCUUGUUGCGUUCAUCUUCGAGGUGGUGUACCAUCGAGCGAAACGGCGCUAUCGCUGGCGGGAAAACCUGUUCGAUCGGCACCUUUUUUGA